AUGAGGACGGCAAUACCAGUCUCGUUGCGUCAUAUUUCCAAAGAUCUGUACGAGAUAGAGUUUGUACCGAACACGGAAGGUGAUCAUGAAUUAUCGAUAAAAGUGAAUGGUGAUCAUAUCAACGGGAGUCCAUUCAAUAUAGCUGUUCUGGAUUUGAGUGCAGUUCGCAUAAUUGGAUUACGGAAUGAUUGUGUUGGUGCUGAACAACGAUUUAAUGUCGACUGGUCAAACUCAGGAGGUUCAAGUGCUGUCGUACGAGUGCUAUUUGAUGAUGCUGAAAUACCUUGUCAGAUAAAAAAUGUCAAAGCAGGUUUAAACGUUUGUACGUUCACCCCAAAACGUCCAGGAUUACAUCUUGUUGAUGUUUUUAUUGAUGGCAUUCUGUUACCUGCAUAUUGUCCGUCCUCAUCUCUGUGUAUAAUCGUUGAUGAAUACAAAGGGUGCAUUCGAAUUAACAUUCGAUUUGUUUUAGAUUCGAGGGGUACUCCACUUCCCGUGCGUUGUUAUAAGCAACAGGAUGACAGUUACUGGGUCGAAUUCACUCCUGAACACAUUGGUUUGUUGUUGUUUCACUUAAUUCCCAUCAAUUUAUUUCCACCGUUUAUAGUCGCACUAACGGUAUAUGUCCAGAANCAUCAAAUCGAUGUAUCAUUUGCUGAUAUUCCAAUAUCUGGAAGUCCAUUCAAGUGUGAGGUGGUUGAUCCGAAGAGUGUGUUGAUGAAGGGUAUAUCAGAACCGCUCAUCGUCCGACAACCAGCGAAUAUUAUCGUGGAUCGUGAGAAUGCCGGCAAUGGACAGCUGAUGGUGGAGGUAACCGAUCCAACAGGUCAAAACAUACCAUUAGACGUAAUAAAGACAUCGACUGAUGAAGAUAAUUUCUCCUUCAUACCUGAUAAGAUUGGUCCACAUAAAAUCAAUGCUACCUUAUCUGGAUUCCAAAUUCAAGAUAUGCCACAAACAAUUCUGGUGGAAGAGCAGGCAAGGCCAAUGAUUUACGGUGGUGCUCUGGAGAAAACAAUUCAAGUGGAUCAGCCAACAUCAGUUAUUUUUGACGCUAAAAAAGCAAAAGGAUCACCAAAAGUUGAAGUGAAAGUUAUGUGCGAUUACGCUGCGUUGAAACGGUUGUGUUCAUCCAGUCCUCUAAUAAGGCGAUACCAAAUAAUUGAAGGAAAACUUCGAGCGGAAGUUCGCGAUUGGGAGGGCAAAUUGGUGCCAGGAAGUGAAGUGGAGUCACUGGGAUAUGGCAAGUAUCGUGUGGUAUACAAGCCGUCGAUAUCAGGUAAAUACAACAUAUACUUGUAUUGGUCUGAUAUCGCCGUUCAGAGUGCGUAUCCACUGCACACUGUUGCUCACUCUGAAGCAGCACAGCCCGAACAGCCAUCCACAUCGACAACCAUCAAUAAUGAUCAAUUUGAAACCUCUGUUCGACACUCCCGAUCUAAAUCUGGUGAACGAUCAUUAGGUGAGGAUGAAACACCCCAUCAUUUACGUGUAGUUCUGCGUGGAGAGGGACUUACACGUGCCGCUUGCAAGGAGCAAUCAGAGUUCAUCAUUGAUGGAUCUGAUAUUUCUACUGAAGGACGUAUAACAUGUUCCCUAAUUGGUCAGAAGGCUGAUAUACCAGUUCGCCUAACACAUCUGGGCAAUAAUGUUUAUAAGGCUAUUUAUACACCUCUUAUUGGUGGAGUUUAUGAAUUAGAGGUGCUGUGGGAUGGACGUCAUGUUCGUGGAUCACCGUUCCGAGUUCAAGUCGAGUCGCAUUCGAAUGCAGCUGAAUUGAUAAAUGUCGAUACGAAUACACUCAAAAUUGUAUAUGAUAAAUGCUCAACUUUACUUGUAGUGGUGAAAUAUUCCGAUGAACAUGUUCCUGGUAGUCCAUUCAUUAUAAACGUUUCAAAUCCGCCGGAUGCAACCAAAGUUCGUGUGUUUGGACCGGGCAUAGAGCAUGGCAUACUCUCUACUUUCAAAUCGAAUUUUGUCGUUGAAACAAAAGGUGCUGGUGCAGGACAGUUAACAGUGCGUGUACGUGGUCCUAAGGGUGCUUUCAACGUUGAAAUGCAACGUGAAAAGAAACAAGAACGUACCAUUCACUGCAAAUACGAACCGCGUGAACCGGGAGAUUAUCAGGUGGAAGUGAAAUGGCACGGAGAACACGUGCCAGGGUCACCGUUCUUUGUGAUGAUUGUCGAUACAGAACAAGAAUUGCAACGUUUCUUGCGUGGAGAAGCACCAUCCCCGCAACCAGCCACCCCGUUCAUUCCGCCCGGAUGGAUCGGUACCCCACCCCCUCCGCUCUUCAUCAAUUCCCCUCCUCUACAUCCACAGGCCAAUUUCCGACACCCCUUCCCACCACCCCCUCCCAUACACCCAGCCGCUGCCACCGCUGCUAUUCAACAAUCUCAUCAUAUGCCGCCAAUGCUACCUUACAAUGCAUCACAACCACAUACUAUGCGAAGUGUUACUCGAUCAAGGUUUACUAAUGGUUACUAA